AUGCGAUGGGUCGGGCCAUCAGAAGAACGUCGAGCGCAUAUUUUCGGCAGCCGAUCGGCCACGGCCGCGAAGAACGAGCCCACCAGUCUUUUGCACCACUCGAUUGGCAGCGAGACAGUGCUCAUCGCAGCAAGUGCUCCUCUGUGUGUCUCGCCCUUUUUUCUGCUCGCCCCGCCUUUGGCUCGGCAGGAUUCCGUGGCCUGGACAUCUGCUCCUCAUCCUGCAAGCACCUUCUUCACCAACCCCAUCAUCUCUUUUCGCAUCUUCACUUGUGCACUCUCCAGCUCAAAGCCCGACUCGCAAGGACACCCUACUCGUCCUUCGUCUCCAUCUUCGCCGCCCAAGCGCAACCCCAUCUUACGCCCACAGCCGGCACCCGUCAUCCUUUCUCCUGCACUCCAGGAGCUAGCAACCCUGUUGGACUUCAUCCACGCCUCGCCUUCCUUCCAUGCCGUCAGACGACUCCGACGAUAG